GUAGGUGGGCGGAGGGAUCGGAAGGUUUACGUGCUACCGUGUGGCCGUGCCGUACCUUGUGUCCUUCCACGUGCGCUGCCGCCGCCGCCGCUAAAAAGGGGGAGAAAGGAGGGGAAAAAGAGUCCCCUCUCGCCUUUUGGACGGGCCUGAACGAACAGGUCGCUCACUAUGGUCAACGAGUCCUAUGGGGCCCCCCUUGCGGCAGUCAGCGAGGGCCUCGCCAGUGCCCGGCCGGAUGGCCUCGGCGUGGGGGGCGGCGGCAGCAGCAGCAGCGGGGGCGAGAGCUCAAAGGACAGUUCCCGGUGCUCCACCCCAAGCCUCCUCGACGCCGAGCGGCAGGACCGCCUGUGGGAGAAGAUGCGGCGCCGGCAGGAGGCGGGCGACAAGUGGUUCUCCUUGGAGUUCUUCCCCCCGCGGACGGCCAACGGGGCCGUCAACCUCAUCUCCAGGUUCGACCGCAUGGGGGUGGGUGGACCCCUUUUCAUCGACGUCACCUGGCACCCCGCCGGAGACCCAGGCUCCAAUAAGGAGACCUCGUCCUUGACCAUCGCCAGCACGGCGCUCAACUACUGCGGCUUGGAGACCGUCCUCCAUAUGACCUGCUGUAACCAGACUCGGGAGACCAUCACGGCCCACCUGCAGAAAGCCAAGCGCUUGGGGCUGAAGAACAUCAUGGCGCUGCGGGGAGACCCCGUGGGGGAAGAGUGGCAGGAGGAAGUGGGCGGCUUCAACCACGCCGUGGACUUGGUGAAGCACAUCCGUCGGGAGUUUGAGGAUUACUUUGACAUCUGCGUGGCGGGCUACCCGAAGGGCCACCCCGAGGCAGAGAGCUACGCGGAUGACCUGCGGCACUUGAAGGAAAAGGUCUCUGCAGGAGCCGACUUUGUCAUCACGCAGCUGUUCUUCCGAUCGGAGACGUUCCUCCAAUUUUUGCGGGACUGCCAGGCUGUCGGCAUCACCUGCCCAGUCGUGCCAGGGAUAUUUCCCAUCCAGGGGUACCAUUCCCUCCGGCAGCUGGUGAAACUCUCCAAGCUGGAGGUGCCUCAGGAGAUCAAGGACGUCAUUGAGCCCAUCAAGGACAACGACGCGGCCAUCCGGAAUUAUGGCAUCGAGCUGGCGGUCACCAUGUGCCGGGAGCUGCUGGACAGCGGCCUGGUCCAUGGCCUCCAUUUCUACACCCUGAACCGGGAAGUGGCCACCGUGGAGGUGCUCAAGCGCCUGGGACUCUGGAAAGAGGACCCCAGGCGUCCUUUGCCUUGGGCGGUCAGCGCUCACCCGAAACGGCGCGUCGAGGACGUCCGGCCCAUUUUCUGGGCCUCCCGGCCGAAGAGUUACAUCUACCGAACCCAAGAAUGGGACGAAUUUCCCAACGGGCGCUGGGGUAACUCAUCUUCUCCGGCCUUUGGGGAGCUGAAGGAUUACUACCUCUUCUACUUAAAGAGCAAAUCCCCCCGGGAUGAGCUCUUGAAGAUGUGGGGCCAUGAGCUGACCAACGAGGAGAGCGUCUUCGAGGUGUUCCGGUGCUACAUUGCCGGUGAGCCCAACAAGGACGGGCACAAGGUGACCUGCCUGCCUUGGAACGACGACCCCCUGGCCCCAGAGACCAACCUCAUGAAGGAGGAACUGGCCAAGGUCAACCUGCGGGGGAUCUUGACCAUCAACUCCCAACCCAACGUCAACGGCAAACACUCCACCGACCCCAUCGUGGGCUGGGGCCCCGAAGGUGGCUACGUCUUCCAGAAGGCUUACCUGGAAUUCUUCACCUCCAGCGAGACCGUCCGGGCCCUCCAGACCGUUCUCAAGAGAUACGGCCAGCGGGUGAACUACCACAUCGUCAAUGUCAAGGGGGAAAACAUCACCAACGCUCAUGGCAUGCAGCCCAACGCCGUGACAUGGGGGAUCUUCCCCGGCCGGGAGAUCAUUCAGCCGACAGUUGUGGAUCCAGUGAGCUUCAUGUCCUGGAAGGAUGAGGCGUUCGCCCUGUGGAUCGAGCAGUGGGCCAAGCUGUACGAGGAGGAGUCCCCCUCCCGCAUGAUCAUCCAGUACAUCCACGACAACUACUACUUGGUCAACCUGGUGGACAACGAUUUCCCCCUCGACAGCUGCCUCUGGCGGGUCCUGGAAGACACCUUUGAGCUGCUGAACGGUCCUGCGGAGGAGUGAACCCAGCGCUUCCCCCCCCACACCUGCCCGUCUGCCCCUUUUCGGGUUUUGGUCCGAACCACGCUCCACCUUGGGGCUCCAGGAUGGAAGGGCAGUGGCCCAAACACUCCUCUGGGGAGGGGGUGCGUUGAGCUGCAUUCCCCCCCCUGCCCGUUCAUAAAGGUGCUGUCCCUUUCAAUCUAAAAGUAUAACUAGAUCCCAAACCCGGAUUUUGGUCCGAACGAGCCUUCCCUUGCAUGGAGACAGAUGGCAGCUAGAAACCCAGACAGCCUUUCCCUCUUGACCCUCAACCCCUUUUCCCAGGUUGCACUUUAAAAACUUACUAUUUUGUUAACUUCAGUGCAAUGUCAGUUGCUUAGCUGUUAACGGGAUGAGCAGCUUUCUAAUCUCUAGGUCAGAAAUGGGCUUUCCACCUUGGGAGACCACCAGGAGAACCUUGUGUUCGACCGUGGCAAAACUACCCUCCGUGGGGCAGUCGGGAAGGUGGGGGUGGACUCAGUUGAUCUGUUGACUUAGGUAUUUAUUUUUAUUUUUAAAAACACAGCAUCGUGGGAUUUACGUAUCCCUCCUCUCGGUUUCCUUCUGUUGGGAAAGACUUUGGAUUUUUAAAGG